UGUCUUUAAAACUAACAACAUUUUUUUGUUAUAUUUAAAACUAACAACAAUUUUUUGUUAUAUUUAAUUAAAAACAAUGUUUACACAUCUAUCAUUUUUAUUUACGUUGUUUUGGAAUAAGAGCUACAAAGGAUAGAAUAUUUUUGUGCUUCUAAACAGGAACAAGUUUUCGUUAUUAUGCAUAGAAACAAUAUGGCGAUUAAAAGAUCAACACAUGUUAAUGCCUUGGAGAAGAAGAGUGGGUAUGAUUUGCCUGUUUAUGGACUGGAUAACGGUCAGUUUUAUGCAAUCCAUAUACCAGCACUGGUAUGUGUAUUUUUAAGCUUAGUCGCAGCCGUAUUGACCAUAUGUUUUUCAUUCAAACAUCAAAGAAUAUCAACAUUUUUCACUUGGACAAAAAGUGAACGGUUUGUUGUGUAUCUUGCCAUAUGUGAUGCCUUGUUUAAUAUCUUCCAUUCUAUGGAUCAUUUGCAUAUAGUCAUCACUAAGGAUCAUAUUUACCCUAAAGCUCUUUGUCAGUUUAAUGCUAUCAUGUCAGUCGAGUUUGUUCCAGCCCAGGGAUUGAUGGUAAAUAUAGUCGCUAUUAACGCUUUUGUUUUGAUUUACAUUCGUAAAAAACUCGAUUUUGGACGUUAUGAUUGGAAGUUAUUGCUAUGGUUGUUCUGCCUACCAUUUGUCUUCGGUGUAGUGGCACUUGCAACCAGAUCAUUAGGACCGAAUGGAACGUUCUGCUACAUCGAUCCUGUGAAAGGAAAAUAUGCAAACUUAUUUUUCACCACAGUGCCGUUGCUAUUAAUUCUCAGUAUGAAUGUCGUACUGUAUCUUCUAACAUGGUAUCGUAUUCGAAAGGAGGAACCAAGGUUUAAGGACUUAUCUGGACAGAGUUCCAAUGUUGUUCGUUCAUCACACAGGGCAGCCAAAAAUAUGUCAUUGUUUGUAGCCGCUUAUUUUAUACAAUGGUGGGCCACGGCUUUGUAUGGAGUGUGGCAAUUACUGGGAGAUGUCCCACUGGUAUUGUUUCAGUUCGUCACGACAUUUUCAAACAUUGGGGGGAUCUUAAAUGGAAUUGUUUAUGUUGUUAUCAGAAAGAGAAAAAGCGACAUUAAUAAUUAAACACGACCAUAUUUAUAAGCCACAUUGUACACAGUGCUCGUUUGGAAAAUGUAGCCUAACCUGUGGGUUAGACCUCUUCUAAUGUUUUGCUAGUCAAUCCAUCUGCCACUGAGUUAGGAAUAAGCUUAAUUAUUGUAUCUAUCUAGCAAAUAAAUAAAAGAAAGUUGUUUCUAUCUUUUACAAUAAAUUAAUACAAUAAAUUCCUUUUAACGUAAUACAAAACCGUAAGUACUAAAUUGUGGGUGACUCUUAACCCAAAUUGAUUAUAGCGUAGUUUAAAUAAAAACUUCCGAUAGGUUAAUUUUUAAUGACACUUUCCAGUUUCAAUCGUAAAAGUACCAAAUACAUCCGCACCAUAUUUAUACAAACUGAAAUACAUCGGGAAAAUUAGAACUUGUACGCACUCCUGCAAUCCAAUAAAUAUAUGGUUUUCAA